ACAUCAAAUACACACAACUAGGAAGCUAGCUCAGAGUUACUACUUCACCUUCUUCUUCUUCUUCCUCUUCUUCAUUUCCAAGAAAAGGCCAUGGUUACAGUCAUGGCCAAAGCACAGAACAGCCUCCUACUGUUUUCCAUGGUCUCUGUUUUGCUCCUGGGGCUGUUCAUAAGCGCAAGCAAUGGAUCAGUGAAUGAAGAAGAAGAAGCUGAUAGGAUUGUGUCGCUUCCUGGGCAGCCCAAGGUCACUUUCCAGCAGUUUUCGGGUUAUGUCACUGUCAAUCAUAGAGUUGGGAGAGCCCUCUUUUACUGGCUCACUGAGGCUGCUGUUAAAGAUCCCUUAUCUAAGCCUCUCGUCAUUUGGCUCAAUGGAGGCCCUGGUUGCUCGUCUGUGGCAUAUGGUGCGUCGGAAGAGAUAGGUCCAUUCAGAAUAAACAAGACAGCUACGGGUCUGUACUGGAACAAGUUCUCGUGGAACACCGAGGCCAACCUCUUGUUCUUGGAAACUCCGGCCGGCGUCGGCUUCUCCUACAGCAACCGCUCCGCUGAUCUGUUUGAUACCGGGGAUGCCCGCACAGCAAGGGACUCGCUGAACUUCAUAAUCGGAUGGAUGGAUCGAUUCCCUCGGUACAAGAACCGAGAAGUAUAUCUCAGCGGAGAGAGCUAUGCCGGACAUUACGUCCCUCAGCUUGCCAAAGCGAUUCUCACUUAUAAUGCAAACUCCAAGCACCCAAUUAAUCUCAAAGGAAUAAUGGUGGGUAAUGCCGUGACAGACAACUACUAUGAUAACCUAGGGACGGUGACAUACUGGUGGAGUCAUGCCAUGAUCUCCGAUAAGACCUACAAGCAGCUCAUCCACACUUGUGAUUUUCGGAGACAGAAGAACUCAGACGAAUGUGAAUCACUGUAUAGCUACGCGAUGGAUUCAGAAUUCGGGAACAUAGACCAGUACAACAUUUAUGCACCACCCUGCAACAACUCUGAUGGCAGCACUUCUUCGAUGUCUACAAGACAGACUAUGCGGUUGCCUCACCGACCGAUUUUUCGAAAAAUGUCUGGCUAUGAUCCAUGUACGGAAAAAUAUGCUGAGCUCUAUUACAAUAGACCAGAAGUACAGAAAGCACUCCAUGCCAACAUUACUAAAAUUCCUUACAAGUGGACUGCUUGCAAUGAGGUUUUAAAUCGAAAUUGGAACGAUACAGCUGUAUCUGUUCUUCCGAUUUACAAGGACAUGAUUGCUGCUGGUUUGAGAAUUUGGGUUUUCAGUGGAGACGUUGACUCAGUGGUGCCAGUCACAGCGACUAGGUAUUCCCUUGCACGGCUCAAACUGGCGACCAAAAUCCCAUGGUAUCCCUGGUAUACCAAGAAGCAGGUGGGAGGGUGGACAGAGGUCUACGAAGGGUUGACAUUUGCAACAGUGAGAGGAGCAGGUCAUGAAGUCCCGCUAUUCAAGCCAAGAGCAGCUCUUCAGCUUUUCAGAUCAUUUAUUCAGGGGAAGCCCCUGCCAAAGUCGUCUUGAAAAUUCAUCUAGACUGAGAUAACAAGAUAGUUAAAAGAAAAAGAAAAAAGCAAAAUGAGAAGAAAGCAAAUUUCAAUACCAGUGUACAUGAUCGAUCGAUCUUCCGAAUUGUGAUGAUUCUUGCUAGACAAGGAGCUGAUGUCUCUAUUAAGAACAAGUAGAGAGAAAUAGGGAUAGUUAUUGGAUUUGAUUAUGCUUUAGGAAAGGCAAACGGAAAGGC